AAUCAGAAGAUGGUUCGAAUGUCUUUUCUGGUGCUACCAAUUUUCAUCUUUCUAAUUAUAUUUCCAGUGUCAAAUUCAGUAGAGGAAAAUGUGAAACAGUCAUUAGUGCAGUUCAUGGAAAAACUUUCGUCAGGAAACGGGCAAAAUAAUCCGAAUUGGGGAUGGAACAUGAGUUCAGACCCCUGCAAGGACAUUUGGGUGGGAGUUUUAUGCGAUUCGCAGUUGCAAACUGUUCGUGGAAUAGUCCUGGAUGAGUUCAAUUUCGACGGAAGUCUUGAUGUCAGUUCUCUAUGCAUGGUAGACUCUCUUGCUGUAUUGAGUCUCAGAAAAAAUAAAAUUUCCGGCUUAAUACCUGACGAGAUAGGAAACUGCAAAAGCCUAACUCACUUAUAUUUAACGGAGAACAGAUUGUCAGGUUCAAUUCCUGAGGCGAUUUCAACGUUGAGUAACUUAAAACGACUUGACAUUUCCAAGAAUUACUUGUCUGGUAAGAUUGCUAGUCUGUCAGGAAUUUCAAGCCUGGCAUCUUUUCUUGCACAAGAGAAUCAGCUUACCGGGAAAAUACCAGAUUUUAACUUCGCAAACCUUCAGGAAUUUAAUUUAUCAAACAAUGGAUUGACAGGUCCGAUUCCUGAUACACUAGCCAGGUUCUCUGCAGGCAGCUUUUAUGGCAAUCCUGGACUAUGUGGAUAUCCACUGAGUGCAUGUCCACCUUCAGCUGCUCCUGCUCCAUCACCAUGCCAGUAGCAUAAGCUCCACAUUUAUUUAAGAAUAGAAUCUUUGUUAUGUUAUUCGCUUCUGCAGUUUUAACAAUUAGCCGAGUCUUGCUUUUACUGUAAAACUUUGCUACAAAACGUAAUAAAAUUGACUAUCAAAAAUAUUAGCAUCAUAA